ACCACCCUCAAUCUAAUUUCCCCACAAUCCUAUGUGUUUCUAAUUUCUUACGGAAAUGUGCUGGCGUUAUCGUAUUACAUUUGUGUGUGGAUGUCGCACUUGGAGCAGAGCACACAAGAAAUGCGACGUUGCUAAUGACGGGAAGAAAUGCAAUGAAAAGAAAAUCUUCAAGCACCUCUAUUCUCCUCUAGGCCUCGAAUGCGAGUACCAUGGGUACAGUCGCUCGGUCCGUAAUACAUCGUCACUACAAUUGCGACAGGACGAACCUCAAGAUGGCGAGCAGGUACAACAAGUGGAAGGGGGAUGCAGGACAAAUGGAUGCUGUCUGCCCAAAGGACAUCCCUUGCCUCAUCGGACUCGUAACAGAUGUUGGAUGGAAGGUUGCUUACUUUCGGGAGGCCACCCAGGCGAGCAUAAAGUUAUCUCCUUCACGCUAUCAACUGAGGCCGCUGAGAUCUUCGAAGAACACCUCAAAGAGUUAUCCGCCAGGCUUCAAAAGCUCAAUCGUACUGUUCUUAUCGACAUGGGAAAGCAGACAUCUGUUCUCGACACUUCACAGAGCGCAGUGCAGCAUAAUAACUCUGCUAGUUUGUUUGACGACGUUAAACAGAAUGCUGAUGAUGCCGACGUCCAUCCCCUUUUUGGGCGAAUAAAGCGUAUCCGCCUGUUCAGACUCUUUCCCAGGGCCCCCGGUGGCAAGAUAUGCGGAGAAUUUCAAUUCGCAGAACUAUACAACAGCCAAGCAUAUACGGCACUCUCAUACACAUGGGGGGACGAGUCGAAUCAGCAAUGGAUUAUGGUCUCCGGAUCGAAGUUCCCAGUGCGUAAGAAUCUCUGGGACUUCCUUCAACAGCAGAGCGCUAGGAUUACCGAGCCAAAGUUUUUCUGGAUAGACGCCAUUUGUAUCAAUCAAGACGACGUCUUCGAACGCAAUCAUCAGGUCGCUCUCAUGAAAGAUAUCUACCGCCUCGCCGCGGAGGUUUACAUAUGGCUGGGCAAGGGGGCCGAUAACAGUGACCUUGCAAUGACCUGGCUUGCGAAGAAGGCAACGCGCAAGUUGCGGCCCCGAGGACCGUCCGGAUAUUCCAAUAUCUGGAGCAUGGAAGAAGGGAAAGCCUUGGUAAGACUCUGCGAGCGGCCGUACUGGCGCCGCAUGUGGAUCAUCCAGGAAGUUCUACACGCGAACAACAUUACGCUCCUGUGCGGAAGCAAGAGUGUGAAAUGGGCUGCGGUCGAGAGCCUGUACCUCACGUUGAAGACCCUCGAGGACGAGAGUUGGUGGGCCCAUCACGAGUAUGUCAUAGGAGUACUGCAAAGCCCUGCUGCUAUAAUGGUAUGGCAACGCGCGCAUUGGAGACAUCCGGGGACCCUUUCGCCGCACCUGCAGACGCUGAUAGAAAUCUUCCACGAUUGGCAGUGCAAAGACAUCCGAGACAAAGUGUUUGCACUGACCGGCAUGGCAAGGAAAAGUACCUCGAUCGUGCCUGACUAUUCGAUGACCCCACGUGACGUGUACUUCGCGGUCUGCGAGAAACAUCCAGAUGCUGGCUGGAAGUUCGAAAACUUACUUAGCCAGGUUCUGGGUUUGUCAGGCCGAGAUAUCAAAUUAAGGGGACAAACGCUGUGAGUUGCAUACUUGAGCUUAUUGCAGAAGGUUCGCUGACAUCAAUAGCGUUGAGUACAAGGUCCAUCCCGCCGACUACGUUGUCCUCCGAAAGAGGCAGGACGAUGACUGGUGAUCACUUCACCAGAGUUCCAUGACUGAUGAUUGACCGAAUGCCUUGAUUUGGCAGAACCCCUUUUAGGACGACAUGACAUCUACGAGUGAAAUUCCCUAACUUAUACACCAUUGCGCGAUGACCUUUAUUAAUGAAAUGACCAUAAUAUGUCUUGUAAAUCUUCACUGUUCAAAGAUCUACGGUAAAUGUAUGAACGUGGUCUCAUUUCCAAUAUUUUCGGUUAGACAUUAUAUGAUAUAUACUUCCAAUGAUAUACCUUAUUACACGA